AAAAAACUUCCUCAGCUCUCGCGAUUGUGUUUGAUCGUGUUUGAUCGUGUUAUUCGUGACUUUGACGUAUAAAGUUGAACACAAUUCAAUAUAAUGAGAAGCAAAUAACUAUUUUUUCAUACAAAUAUGCAAGGGACACUUGUAUACCGAAGCUAUUGGAUCAAAUUUGGCGAAUGGGAUUCACAAAACUGCCUGUUUAUUUACAAGUCACUGUAACUAGCUUUUCAAAUGUCCAACGUAGGAUUUGGUCAUCAAAUCAAAUGAUAUAUGCUGAUAUAUUUUAUUCCUACGUUCUACGCAACCGUGACUGCAGUCACACAAAACUAAACCUACGUGAAGUGGAAGUGAAGUGGUCUACGCUUCACCUAGCUCCAGUUUGCAAAUAGUUCUAAUAAUGGUACCUGGUUCAGAAAAAGCGUUUUCACUAUGUUAACUUCCCUGAAAAUAAUUUCCCCUGCGAAUCUGCGCAGCAGCAGAGCCAAAGUUGUGUUUUGCGUUGUUUCGAAUCGAAACUUUUUCGUGAAGAAAAUUUCUACGGAAGUUCAACUCUACAAAGUUAAAGCUCAAUCGAAAGUAUUAACUCAAUUUGGAACGGAACAAAGAUGUGGAUUUCAUACUUCUCGACCUUGUUGUAUUCCUCCGGUUCUUGCAUUGAUUUUACGUCCGGUUAUUCAAGUUGGAGCAUUCCUUUUUGGAAGAUCUUUCAAGAAAUGGUGGAGGAGAAAAUCGCCAGAGCAGAGACAAUAUUAUGUGGAUUGGAUCAUGAGCAAAAAAAGCUCGAUUUAUGGGUUUUUUGGGUUUUUCCUGUUCGCACUUUUUACUUACUAUGUCACUCAUCUACAAAUAGAUCCGAUAACAAAACGCUCUCGAUUUAUGAUAUUCACAAAAGAACAACAGGAUGUGUUAGCAAAAUUAACUCUUGAACAGCACUUAGAGAUGAGUAAAGGACACAUAGUUCCUGAAAGCCAUCCGGUUUAUCAGAGACUCAUCAGGAUAACUCAAAGAUUACUAAUUGCAAAUCAGGAUUUAAAGGCAGUUAAAGAAAAACAAUGGAGUCUUACAGUCGUGGAUGGCUCAGCAAAGAAUGCAUUUGUCCUUCCGGGAGGCAGUAUUUUCGUUUACUUGGGGGCCCUCAAACUGGUGGAAAAUGAUGACCAAUUGGCCAUAAUUUUGUCCCACGAAAUGGCUCACGAAUUGUUAAAUCAUUCGAUGGAGCAAGUUUCGAGAGGUGUUAUACUAGAUAUUCUUCUAGCUUUGCCAAUUGCUCUUUUAUGGGCAUUUUUCCCGGAUAUGGUAGCGUUCAUUUUUCAAAUUUUGGGACAGUCCUUCAUCAACAUUUUACACAAUUUACCCUACAGUAGAGCUUUGGAAAGCGAAGCUGAUGACGUAGGUUUGAUUUUAGCAGCAAAGGCAUGCUUCGAUGUUCGGGAAGCUGUCGUAUUUUGGGGCAUGAUGAGGAUGUUAACGGAAUUAAAAGUUGAGAGUGAUCCACCGGCUCUUUUGUCAACACAUCCAGAUCAUGGAGACCGUGAAAAGAAUUUAAACGAGGCGUUGCCAAACGCCAUUGCCUUGAGAAACAGCGUUGGGUGUUCCUACUUAAGUCCAAAAGAUCCCAGAAACAUAUUUUACAUGCGGACAAAAAAGGACCAUGAAAUAUAUUUUAGACGACGUGGGAUCGCUAAAUCGUGAUUACCGAUUCAAGCUUAAAAAAUGUUUGAAAAUAAGUUAAUCUUUCACUUGUAGGAAAAGUAUAUAUUUUCUUAAAGUAAUGACAUAAAAAGCUUGUCCUGCAAAAGAAAGAAUAAUUAUCUGUAAAAAUGUAUUUAAGAGAAAUUAUCCUCGGGACGUUUUAAAAAAGUAUUUACAGAUUUCUGUAAUUAUUUACCAAA